AUGGCUGGUUCACCGGAAUGUCUAGUGAAGAUUGCAUAUCGUCGAGAGAAGAGACAGCAACAAGAAGAGAAAAAUAGAGAAAAUAAUCAACAGCCGUCAUCCGCUUAUCUCUCUUCUCCGGCUCGCCUGUAUUCGACUGUCCUUCAAACGAUGGCUCCUCAUGUGCAUGCAGUAACGAAGACACGGAAAAUGCCCACCGAUCGUCCCUCAGAAGCAAUCGAUCAAUCCUCAAUCAUCAUCAAUACACUGAAAGAAGAAAUCGGACGCUCUCAAGAGGUUCUCCUCGGACGAAUCACGCAACUCGAGGAGAAGUGCAAUGCAGUUCAUGAACAGCAAGCUGCACUACGAUGGACAAUUGAAACUCAGAUCGUUCCCUACAUGUCUACAAUGUCCGAGUUGCUCGUUGACGUAUGCCAGCAAUUGGCUACGGCGAAAGUCAUCACAUUGACAGAUCAACAGCAAACCAAAAUUCAAUGUCUUCGACAUCCGCCGUCAACUUCUCAAUGA